GCGGGGCUCAGGUGCGUUGCUGCGCGGCCCAGGCCAGGCGGGGAGGGGGCGGACAGCGGGACGGGAGGGGCGGGGUCGGGGUGGCGGUGGGGAGGGGGUUACGCCGGUGACGUCGGCUGCGCGAGGCUUCGCGCGUGAACGGCGCGGCCGCUGGGCCUGGCUGCUGAGCUUUCCCGGUGGGCGAGCAGGACGUCGACGCCGGCUCUUGGAGGAGCGCGGAGGGGAGGUGUCGGGGUCACCGGAGUGUUGGACUGCGGCCCGGCCAUGGACGAGACGCAGCCGCUUCCGCCGUCCGAGCUGCAGCUGUGCGACAGCCUCAUCAUCUGGCUGCAGACAUUCAAUACUGCUGCACCUUGUCAAGAUGUGAAACAGCUGACUAAUGGAGUUGCCAUGGCACAGGUUCUUCAUCAAAUUGAUGUAGCUUGGUUCAACGAGUCAUGGUUAAGCCGAAUUAAGGAGGAUGUUGGUGACAACUGGAGAAUAAAGGCUAGUAAUUUAAAGAAGGUACUUCAAGGAAUUAUGAGUUAUUACAGUGAGUUUUUGGGGCAACAGAUUUCUGAAGAACUUAUCCCUGAUUUAAACCAAAUAACUGAAUGUUCAGAUCCUGUGGAACUUGGGAGGUUGCUCCAGCUUAUUUUAGGUUGUGCCGUCAACUGUGAAAAGAAGCAAGAACAUAUUAAAAAUAUAAUGACACUGGAAGAGUCUGUUCAACAUGUGGUCAUGACUGCUAUUCAAGAGUUGAUGAGUAAAGAAGUACUGAGCUCUCCUACAAAUGAUGCUGUUGGAGAAUUAGAGCAACAGCUUAAAAGGGCCCUGGAAGAACUUCAGGAAGCACAAGCAGAAAAAGAAGAACUGAGACAAAGAUGCCAAGAACUAGAUUUACAGGUGACUGCACUUCAAGAUGAAAAGAAUUCACUAGUUUCUGAGAAUGAAAUAAUGAAUGAAAAACUUGACCAGUUGGAUGGAUCUUUUGAUGAUCCAAAUACAAUGGUUGCAAAAAAGUUUUUUCAUGCACAGUUACAACUAGAACAAUUACAGGAAGAGAACUUCAGGCUGGAAGCUGCAAAAGAUGAUUACCGUGUUCACUGUGAAGAACUUGAAAAGCAGCUCAUUGAAUUUCAGCACAGGAAUGAUGAAUUGACUAGUCUUGCUGAGGAAACAAGAGCACUGAAAGAUGAAAUAGACGUUCUUAGAGCUACCUCUGAUAAAGCAAAUAAACUGGAGUCAACAGUUGAGAUAUAUCGUCAGAAGCUACAAGAUCUGAAUGACCUUCGGAAGCAGGUGAAAACUUUACAGGAAACAAACAUGAUGUAUAUGCAUAAUACAGUCAGCUUAGAAGAAGAAUUAAAGAAGGCAAAUGCAGCACGUACACAAUUAGAGACAUACAAGAAACAGGUUCAGGAUCUACACAUUAAACUUUCCUCUGAAUCAAAAAGGGCAGACACACUAGCAUUUGAAAUGAAGCGGCUUGAAGAAAAACAUGAAGCUUUACUUAAGGAAAAAGAGAGAUUAAUAGAACAGCGUGAUACUCUGAAAGAAACGAAUGAAGAGCUUCGAUGUUCACAAGUGCAACAAGAUCACCUAAACCAAACAGAUGCAUCUGCUGCAAAAAGUUAUGAGAAUCUUGCUGCUGAGAUUAUGCCAGUGGAAUAUAGGGAGGUGUUUAUUCGACUGCAACAUGAAAAUAAGAUGCUUCGCUUACAGCAGGAAGGUACUGAGAACCAACGUAUUGAAGAACUUCAGGAGCAACUAGAACAGAAGCAUCGCAAGAUGAAUGAAUUGGAAACUGAGCAAAGGCUGAGCAAAGAGCGCAUCCGAGAAUUGCAGCAGCAAAUUGAAGAUCUCCAGAAGUCUUUCCAGGAACAAGGCUCUAAGUCUGAAGGAGGAAGUUCCAGCAAACUAAAGCAGAAGUUGGAAGCUCAUUUGGAAAAACUGACAGAGGUCCAUGAAGAAUUGCAGAAGAAACAAGAGCUCAUUGAAGAUCUUCAGCCAGAUAUAAACCAGCCUGCACAAAAGAUCAGUGAACUUGAAGCUGCUCUUCAGAAGAAGGAAGAAGAUAUGAAAGCAAUGGAGGAACGAUAUAAAAUGUACUUAGAGAAAGCAAGAAAUGUAAUAAAAACUUUAGAUCCCAAAUUAAAUCCAGCAUCAGCUGAAAUAAUGCUACUUAGAAAGCAGUUGGCAGAGAAAGAGAGAAGAAUUGAGAUUCUGGAGAGUGAAUGUAAAGUAGCAAAAUUCCGUGAUUAUGAAGAAAAACUCAUUGUUUCUGCGUGGUAUAAUAAGAGUCUAGCAUUCCAGAAACUGGGGAUGGAAUCUAGACUUGUGAGCAGCAGUGGUGCUUGCAAAGAUACUGGUGCAUGUACCCCUGCACGGUCUUUCUUAGCACAGCAACGGCACAUCACCAACACCAGAAGAAAUCUCUCUGUUAAAGUUCCUGCUACAACAUCCGAUUAAACU